AUGAUAGAUAAGAGUCGAUUAGAGAGGUGUGAAAACUCAUCAUUAGUCGUCAACGACUUUACUUUAAUUUCAUUAAAGAGAUAUAGAAAGAUGGCAACACCAUUCAUUGUAGGACUUGCAGUUGCAGGCGCUGCCUAUGCUACUAGAUCAACAUUAAGAUUGGUCACAAAGUUGAGACAAAACCCAGGUACAUUGUUCUCGAUCAACCUCGAGGACAAGACUACCGAUAGUGCUAUCGGUGAAGGUUUCCAACCAAAGAUGGAUAGACAAGAAGCUUUUGCUGUACUAGGUUUACCAGAUGGAGCAGACGAUAAAUUAAUUAAAGAUCAACAUAAAAAGAUGAUGAUUAAGAACCAUCCAGAUAAGGGUGGAUCAUCUUAUUUGGCAACUAAAGUAAACGAAGCUAGAAAUCUUUUAUUGAAUAGAGACGAAAGAAGAUAA